AUGUUAGUAAAUUACAUUAGAUUAAAACUUAGAAGAUGUAAUAAUAAUUUAAAUAACUUCAAAAAUUUUUAUAGAUAUAUAAGUGAUGAUAUAAAAGAGGAAAUAGUAACACAUAGUUAUAAUAAAAAAGAAUAUGAAAAAAAUAUAGAUAUAUCAGAACAGUGUAAAAGUUAUAUUGAUUUAAAACAGAAAAUAUUUUAUGACUAUUUAUCCAAAAAAACUUUAACUUUUAUAAAAAAAAAGACAAUAAAAGAUAGUAAAAAAAAUAAUGACGAUAAAAAAAAAUUAAUUGAAAAUGGUAGUUUAAUUGAUUAUAUAAAUAAAGAAAAAGAAAUUUGUGAAAAUGAUGAAAAUUUAUCUGUAGAAUAUUUGAGUGAAUAUAAAAAAUUGAAUAAAAUAUUAAAUAAAAAUGGAAAAAUUGAAGAUGAGAAAAAUAAAACAACGAUAAGUAACGAAAAAAUUAAAAAAAAAGAUGGAAUGACUUUAAAAAAAAUAGGAAAAGAGAAAAUAAAUAAAGACACUAAAAAAAAUAUUAAAAAAAGUUACUGUGAAGAAAUAAAAAGAGAUGAUAUAUAUGUGAAUAAUAAUGAAAUAAAAAAUGUAAAAAAGUGUGAAACACCUAAUGAAAUUUUUUUAAGCAUUAAUAACUCACCAAAUACUAUUAGUAAUGAUUUAAUUAAUAUAUAUAUAGAUAAUAGCAAAUAUUUUACUUUCUAUGAUGAGCAAAAAGAAAUUAAAGAAAUGAAAUUAAAUCAAUAUUGUUCGCAUUAUGGUAUAUGUAGUUCGAGGUUUGCAUUUAAAAAUUUGAAAAAUGGGAUUUUAAAAGUUAAUGACAAAAUAAUUUAUGAAAAUGUUAAUGUUUGUUUACAUAAAGAUAAAAUUGAACUAACAAAAAGAGGAGAAGAAUUACUAAAAAAUAAAAUAACAAUUAUUAUAAAUAAACCUAAAAACUAUUUAUCACUAUCAACAGAUAUUAAAUCAAAUAAGAAACUACUAGUAAGGAAUUUAAUUAGAAAUGAAAAUAAAUAUGUUGAAGAAGAUCAUAAAUGUAUGAGUUAUUUUAUAUAUAAAAAUGUAAAUAUUGAAAAAGUUAAUAAUUUAUAUGUAUGUGGUAGGUUAGAUGCUAAUUCAAGUGGCUUGCUAAUUUACACACAAAAUACUUUAUCACAUAAUUAUUUAUUGAAUAAAUAUAAAUAUAAAAUUGAAAAAGAAUACAUAAUUACAACACAUAAUGAAAUAAAAGAAAUAAAUUUAAAGUUAUUACGUCAAAAUUUAUAUAUUGAUGGUAAACUAAUUUAUAAAUGUCACAUAAAAUAUAUAGAUGGUUUUACACUUAUAUUUAAAUUGUAUCAAGGAUUUCAUAAAAUUAUAAGAAAAAUUUGCCUACUCUCAAAUAUUAAAAUUAAAUCUUUACAUAGAGUAAAAAUAGGUAACAUUCAUUUAAAUAACUUACCUACUGGAAAAUGGAGAUUUCUUAUGCCUAAUGAAUCUUUUUUUUAA